AUGUUUUUUAUUUUUGCAGGAAGUUUGCGAAUAGGCGGUGGUCCGCCAGCACCGCCACCCCCUCCGCCACUUCCCGGCAUGAAGGGCCCUCCACCGCCGCCUCCUCUUGGUAUGUCCAAAUCAGCACCAGCAACUCCUGAAAUACCGGAGUAUUUGAAGAGGAAAGCGCAACGAAGCGUUGAUGUACCGUUGAAGAAGAUCGCUUGGAGUUCUGCUACGAUCAAACCAACUCAGAUAGCGAAAGAUUCAUUUUGGGCGCAAACCUCCGAGGAGAAAUUCGCUAACGAAAGACUUUUCGAAACACUGAAAAUGAAAUUCGCAACAAGUCGUCCAGCAUUGCCAACAAGCGACGCGGAACUUGCUAAGACUGCGAAUUCGAAAAGCCUUUCGAAGAAGAAAGUAAAAACGCCACUGGUAAUCAAUGAUGAUAAAGUACUUCAGGCUUUGGGUUAG